AUGGAUUUAGAACAUCUGCGCCAAGAUGGGGCCUAUAUUAGCUCUUUGCCAUCAUGUCCCCCCCAUUCUCCAUGCUGCAACCCUCCUACCACUCCCCCACUCCAGAUCCAACUAGUGCCUAAGCAUGCUUCUGAAGGGAGAGACAUUCUUCUCCGAGUCCUUAAACUUCCAGAAGAUUUCCAAGCCUUCACUUGGUACAGGGCGGUAUAUCGUGAUCCAUAUUUUGAAAUUGUCAAACACGACAGAGUCCUGAAUACUACCACCUGGGGAGCUCAGUAUACCAGAAGAGAGACUGUCCAUCACAAUGGAAAUCUGCUGCUCAAGAACAUCACUCAGAAGGAUUCAGGAAUGUACACAAUAGAAAUUUUGAAAAGUGAUUUCAAAAUUGAAAGAGCACAUGUGCAAUUAUAUGUAAACAAGUACGUAGAACAACCAUUUGUGCGAGUCACUAACAGCAUGGUCUCAUCAAACAGAUCUGUGAUCUUCACCUGUGUUUCACCUGACACUGAUGUCUCCAUCCGUUGGUACUUCAAUAACCAGAGUCUGCAUCUCUCAGAGAGGAUGACUCUGUCGUCAACAAAGUGUGGACUCAGAAUAUAUCCCGUAGGGUUGGAGAAUGUUGGAGAGUAUCAGUGUGAGAUCUCCAACCGAGUCAGUUUGGCUACCAGUCCCCCAGUCUGGUUUGAGUGAUAGAUGAAUGAGCUCUCCUUUCAUCCUACAGUAGCACGCCAGCAUUUC